AUGGUGGAGACGGCGAGCGGAGAAGGAGAUCACGCUGUUGAACAUGAGUUAUUGCUCUUGAACGAUGCCAAUAUCAGCGGUGGCGGUGGUUGCGAUGGCUCCUGGAGGUUGAACUUCGAUGGAUUUCAGUUCUCUUUCGAGCAUAAGGAGAAACCUCCUCGACGACUCCAUGACUAUCUCAGGGUAUCAGGGUCAGAAAACCAUGUGGCAGAAUAUUAUCAACAACAGGUAGAGAUGCUGGAGGGCUUUACAGAAAUGGAUGCCUUAGCAGAACGUGGUUUUGUACCUCGUAUGUCUGCAGAAGAGAAGGAAAGUUUAGCACGAAGGGAGACACUUGCCAUUAACAUAUCUAAUGUUGCAAACAUGAUUCUUUUCAUUGCAAAAGUUUACGCGUCCAUUAGAAGUAGUUCAUUGGCCAUAAUAGCCUCCACAUUAGACUCACUUCUUGAUCUCUUAUCAGGAUUUAUCCUCUGGUUUACAGCAUUCUCCAUGCAGAUUCCAAACCCUUAUCUAUAUCCAAUCGGAAAAAGACGAAUGCAACCUUUGGGAAUACUUGUCUUUGCCUCGGUUAUGGCAACUCUUGGACUGCAGAUAAUUUUAGAGUCUGUGCGCACAUUAGCAUCAAAUGAGAAUGGGUUUAGCUUAACCAAGGAGCAAGAACAAUGGGUUGUUGGCAUCAUGCUUUGUGUGACCUUAGUCAAACUUGUGUUAUGUAUAUAUUGUCGAUCAUUCACCAAUGAGAUUGUCAAAGCCUAUGCUCAAGAUCAUUUCUUUGAUGUGGUCACAAAUCUUAUCGGCUUAAUAGCUGUACUACUUGCUAAUUAUAUCAGUGACUGGAUGGACCCCGUUGGAGCUAUAAUACUGGCAAUGUACACGAUCAGGACUUGGUCUGUAACAGUGGUGGAGAAUGUGAACUCCCUUGUUGGGAGAUCAGCAGCACCAGAAUAUCUACAGAAACUUACGUAUUUGUGUUGGAACCACCACAAGGCAAUCAGACACAUAGACACUCUCAUGAUAUCGGGGAAUCCUUACAAGAAAAGCUUGAGCUAUUACCUGAGAUUGAACGCGCUUUUGUUCAUCUUGAUUAUGAGUUCUCUCAUAAACCCGAGCAUGCACACACACAUCUCUAAAAAUAAACUCCAAUCACAAGGAACUUCUCUAUGUAUUCAUGAUAUAUCUUUCUGGAGCUAA